CAGGGUGAGGAAAAAAGUGUUAUUUGCGGCGCCUUCCCUCCUGAUAAUUAAUAGCUCAGGGAGAAUCCCAACAUAUGGGGCAGUGUCCCCCCCUCUCCUGGGAUGCUCAGAGGGGGGGGGAAGAGGACUACUACCCCUUCGCUGAAAAUGUGCCAAUGUCCCAACCAUUGAUUCAAAUUUAUCAUUCAAUGAUUUAACAUUUUUCAACUAUAAUUUUCUUGACGAAUUAAAUAUCUCAAAUUUUAUAUCCUGAGCAAGUAGAGAGUAUAGAGCGAAAAGCCAUUUGUUAACCCUGUGAUUAUUUUGAUAAUUCAUGUUUAAAAAUAUUUACGUUGUUUUUUUAAAUUGAAGUUUGAAGAAGAAUUUUCUUGGCUAAUUAAUAUGGUGGUUGCUUCUGUCUUGCACAACAAAAAUAUGUUUUAGCAUAAUAUUAAGUUAUCGGAGACACAAUAAACACUUUUUUCAGAAUUAAAACAAUUAUUGUACUUUUGAAGAUGAUAUUUAGGAAAAUUAUCGCUAAAUGAUUUUUUGCUUGCACAUUAGCAUAUAAAUUGAAAUAUUUGAUUGACGAAAUGACCACCAAAACAUAAAGCCGGUCAAACCAAAGACGACCCGAAAUUGAACGUUGAUAAAAACAAUGAGAAUUAUUAAUGGGCGUAAAUUUUUUUAUUAAACAAUAAUUUACCAAUUAAAUAAUUUACAAAACAUAAUUGGCUUGAUGAUUUUAAGAAAUCUGCCGAAAAGUAUAUGCAAAAUCCGCGAAAGUCUCGCGCCGUGAAAAUGCGCGCAAAAUGUAGCGGCCUAGACUCCAGUACCGGUUUAACACACCCAGUAACAGGAGUAACAGUAUAUAUCCAGUAUUGGUUCCAGAUACCAUGGAUUCUUUGCAAGGACUAGGGGCUAGUCAGGAGAACUAUUAUGAGACACUAGGCUGUGAUCCUAGUUCAACCGAAGAUCAGAUUCUAGCUGAAUAUAGAGCCAAGGCUAAACAAUUGCAUCCAGACAAGGCUGGUAGCACUGAGGAGUUUCAAAAUAUUCAGGCCGCCAAAGAGACUCUCCUGGAUCGAACUAAACGAUCCCUUUAUGAUAAAUGGAGAUCUUCUGGACUAUCAAUAUCAUUCAGCCAAUGGGAGAAUAUGAAAGAAGGAAUGCAAUCUACCAUGCACUGGGCAGUUCCAAAGCAGGAAAGGAUGCUACCUGAAGGAGAGGAAAGUAAGGGCUUGAACACUGAAAGAAGAUCAAAUUCCAAAUCUGAGACUGGUAUGAAGAAACCUGAUCAAGAUGAUCAAGAUGAUCAAGAUGAUCAAGAUUCACCGAUGAAAUUACCGAAUAAAGAUUCAACCCGUCCAACGCUGAUCAUGGUUAACAAAUGGAGCGAGGAGGAUGUUAGGAGGAAAUUUAGAAAUUACGAGAUUUAAAUUUAGAAAAUGAAAUCUCAAGUUGAUUAUAUGAUGUCGGAAUUUUAAUAAAUUUACAAUGCUAACAUGAAA